UACCGGAACAAAUUUCUAUAUUUAUGCCAAAAUUAAAUAUUUCAAAGAUAGCCGAUCACCACCUGAUCCAUCAAUUGUGAACAUAUCUAAACCAAUUUACAAACAAACAAAUUUAAAAAAUUAUCCAAAUUAUUUAUUACCGAUGAAAUAUGGUAUUAAUUGGAACAAUUGGAAAGAAGGUGAUCGAAAAAUUUGGAAAGAAAUACCACAAGAAAAAUAUUUUGUAAUUGAUUACGAAAAUAAUAUUGUAAAAUUUCAAGGGUUAAUUAAUAAUGAACAAAUAACAACGUCAUCAUUGGUUAGUCAAUGGAUAAACUGGAAUAAAACACUGUUAUCAGUGCCACUAAAGUAUGAGAUAAGUGUUGAUAAUAGUGAAGAUUUCGACGGUUUUCGUGUUCGGCCGCAACUAUGCGAUUGGCUGUUCCGGUGUCGCGACGGAACAAUAGUCAGUACUGAUAAUGACGACAAAAAGAGAAUCUUUUCGGUAACAUUUGCACCGAUAGACGACAUAACAAGAUAUGUAAAACUGCACUUUCAAGUCGACUAUUUUAGGCCGUCUUAUGCCGUCAGAACUGAAACUCAUAUUGAAAAUUCAACAAAAAAUUAUAUAUCAAAAUUCAAUCUAAAACUAAUACAUUUUGGUGAUCCAUGUUUUGGUGAACUGCAAAACAUCAAAUGUAAAGGUAAUUAUGAUAAAUGCAUAACAAGUGAAUAUCCAGAUAAUAAUAGACCAAACGAUCCGCAAUGUGAGUGCAAACCGGAAUAUAUUCAGGAUAUUAUGUGUAAUAAAAUUAAUUAUUGUUAUCAUAUAUAUGAUAAAAUAAAGACUAUAAAUAUGAGUGGACGUAAAUAUUGUCAAAAACAAUUAAAUAUAAAAGGUUGUCAUUCAGUUAUUGAUGAUUUUAAAUGUUAUUGCGGUACUAAUGAUGUCGACAAAAUCAAUUGGAAUUCAGAAAAGCAUAUAUGUGAACAAAUAUCAUUUACUGGUAAUUGGGAUAAAACUACUGAUCCAAACAAAUAUAUUGCACCCGCAAAUCAAACAAAUAAACUUACAUUUAAUUUGACACCAGUUUUGUGGGAAACAUCAGAUAUUUGCAUUUACAUUACAUAUACGAUACCAAUUAAAUUUGGAUUAAAAUUAGAUAUUCUAUACGAGGAAAACAAUUUAUUAAUACCAAGUUUAUUUUUACCAAAAACAAUAAGUUCACAAAAGUUUCAAUUGUGUUUAAACGAUUACAUACCUAAUUUACCCGAAAAAUUUAGCUUAAGUUUUGUUGCACCAAAUAAUUUAGAUAAAAAUGAUUUAACACUUGAUAUUAGUGCUAAUUUGCAAAAUAAAAGUUUGAUUUCUAAUACAUUUAUAACAAAUUGGAACGCAAUGUUAAAAUCGGAAAAAGACUCACAAAUGUGGACACAAUUACCAAAAUCUGAUUUCGGAUUAUUUGAUAAUAUGGAUGAAUUAGUUAGAACUAAAAUGACAUAUCAUUUUACUGUGUCUAAAGAUCAACAAAAAACUUCACAUCAACUAAUAUCUCCGUGGAUUAUAUAUGACGACAAUUUUAAGCUUAAACCUACAUAUAGUUUUACAAUAGAAUUUGAUGAUAAUAAUGAUAAAAUAGGACAAUCUAUUAAUGUUUAUUUGUUAUAUCAAAGUGGAAACAAAACAAUAUUAGAUCAUCAGUGGACUGAUUCGGGUAAAGGUAGAGAUACACAAAAACUAUAUAAACCUGAGUUUACUUUAAAUAAUAUUAAAGGAAGUGCUUUCAAAUUGAUAAUUCAAUUUGAAUUUAAUGAUAAUUUUGAUUUUACAAAAAAAUCUAGUUAUCCGAUAACAAUCAGUGAUAUAAAUAUUGGUGACUAUUGUUAUAAAGAUGAUAAAACUACGAAUUGCAUCGGUGGCCAAUGUAUUCGUGAUAAACCAAAUUCAUUUAUAUGUCAAUGUUUAUCGAAAAUUAAAGGAAAGUUUUGCGAUGAAAUUGAUGAAUGUCUAGCAAAAAGUAAAAUUGAUGGUCUAACAAAUAAUGAUUAUUGUAAUUUAUUUGCAAAUGCCAAAUGUCAGCAUUUGUCAAUUAAAUCAUUUGAGUGUUUAUGUCCGCAACCAUACUAUCAAUGGAAUCAAAAUCAAUUAAUAUGCGAACAAAAAACAUUUGCAAAAAGAAAAUCUAAAACAUGUGAUACCGGAGAUUUUUUCGGUGACAAUCUGUCACACUUUGCGGAACACUCGAGUGUUUUCGGUCUCAAUCUGAGACCAUUAUCAACGCCGAGUCAGACAUCACUACUGUAUUGA